CAUGGCGACCCUCGGAUUUUCAACAUUGGGCAACAACUUUAUACAAGCAAAGCAAAAAAUAAAGGUCGUAAAAGUGACUGCGUAAGUGCAAAACAGCUCGAAACAGCAAUUUCAGUGACGCAAUGGACACAUCUGAGGAGACAGAUGACCAAACGGAUGCAGAGCAGAGUUUUUUCCCUACUGCUGUAUCAGAAGAGGAGCUGGUUGAAGCCAAAAGAAAAAACACCCUAAAACGGCUGUUUGGCUCCAGUAAAAUAUUUCUUCACACAGAAAAACCCUGUCAAAGACCAGACCUGCAGGGCAGCCUCAUCAUUCAGAGCAAGGCCGCUGAGCAUUAUACAAAUGGAGAAGAGGCAAUGGGGAAAUCCCAGUAUGAAAGGGCUGUCAUCUGCUUCUCCAAAGCCAUCACUCUGCAGCCACAACAGGUUCAGCUAUAUGUGAGCCAGGCAGAGGCCUACCUACAGCUGUGUGACUUCCAGUCAGCAGCAGCCUGUUACAAACAGGCCUGGCUCUUGGAGCCUGGAGCCUUCGAGGAUCGUUUGGCCUUCAUUUACUAUCUGCAGGGUCAGUGUUUGUUCGACCAAGGUUUUUUUGUAGAUGCACUGGAGGCUUUCAGCAAAGCUGCUGAGGUGAAACCGGGUUGCAGAGCUCACAAGGUCAGAAGCUUGGCCUGUCUGACAGCUUUAGGUCGCCACACUGACUGUCUGAAGCUGGUAAAUGACUGGAUGGAAUCAGAAGGUCCCACCUCCGACCUAUACAUCCUCAGAGCCCGACUGCACAAAGAGCUUAACAAGACAUCAGUUUGUUAUCAUGACGUGCAGUUGGCGUUGGCGUUGAACCCGACCUGUCCGGUGGCUGGAGCUCUGCAACUCCAGCUGCGGGAAGCGAGUGAACGGGCGAGACAAAGGGCUGUGGACAAAGCUUUGUGUGGAGAGUUGCCUGAAGCCCUUUGCAUGAUUAAUAUCGCUCUAGCCAACAGCCCAGAGGACGGACGCCUCUACCUGUUCAGAGGGACUCUGUAUAGACGGAUGAAGAACUUCAUACACGCCAUUGAGGAUAUAAUCCAGGCUGUGGAGCUGAGUGGAGAAGAGGAGAAGAAGGGACAGCAGGAAAUCAGGAGUCAGAAGGUGGAGGUCAGGGAUGAUAAGGCUGAGAGUUGCUCUGUGCAGGAGGAGGCGCAGUUUCAGCUGGCUCUCAUCUACAAUGAUUUUGCCGUUCAGUGCUUUUGCAAAGGUCUCUACGCAGAGGCGACUCUGCUUCUCAACAAAGCCAUUGAGGAAGAGAAGGGCCAGGCAGGCCUGUACGUGAACCGAGGAGACUGUUUCUUUAAGCAGAGUUCUUGGUACUAUGCUCUGGCUGACUACCGGCAGGCUGAGGAGAUGAUGCAGCCAAAUGACCCUGCUGUCCGCCUCCGACUCGCUGUCAUUUACAACACGCUGGGAUCUUUGUGUUUCCAGGAUGGGCGUUUCCAGGAGGCAGUCGAUAUGUUUUCUCUGGCCAUCCAGCACAACCCCGCCUCUAGCCAUUACUACGAAAGCAGAUCGAAGGCUUUUCGAAAGCUGCCGAACCUGUACGGGGCCAGGCAGGACUUCAUCUGCAUGCUGAUUCUGGACCCCACCCACGAGGAGGUGGCUCCUAUGCUUAUGUGUCUGUUCCCAGGCUGCAGGGUCUCUGAUGUAUUGUCCAGCCCAAAAGGACAAGCGAUCAGAGCUCAGCUGAUGGAAACCAUGCAGGCCUGUAGCUCCUCCUCUGAUCCACAAAGACUGAGUGAGAAGCUCUGCAACAUGACUCUGACUAAUGAGAGCAUAGCGAGCCAAUCAAAAGAGCCAAGUAAAGAAGGCAAGGAGCUGGAGCUGUGUGUGAACAAAGAGGACAUGCAGAUAACUGUGAGGAGCCUCCUGCAGUGACUUCACAGCUGUUCUGUGUUAUUGUGCAGCAGGUCAGCCGUUCAUUCCUGACACUGCAUCGCUAAACCACACUGGGACGUGUCUCACUACACACCACCUACCAUCCAUCAGUGCGUCUGUAAACACGAGAGGAUGCAGUGCUGCAGAGUUGGCCUGUUUGGGUUCCACAUCUGAGAAAUGACAGCAGGAAUACAGAGAGUGGAACAAACAUCAUCAGCUGUAACUCUGUGUUUUCCUGUUAUUUAGAAUUACACAGGAGUUUGAUGAUCGAGAGAAUCAUUUUUAACAGUGCCCGAUGAAAACGUGCUUCCAGAUACAUCGGCUGUAAAUUGAUAUCAGAGUUUAAAAUCCCAGUUUCACUGAUAGCUAGUGCAUAUUUUUGUAUUUGUACUUUUUCUUUUAGUUGUUCCUUCUGCUUUAGCAAAAUCUAUGAGACACAGCAAAGGUAACUGUCAUGUCAGUCAACAAGGCUGAUAUCAAACAACGUAUCAGUUCAUCCCGGCACAAAAUUGUGUGUAACUGUGUUCCUUAUAAUCAAGAAAAGUAGAACGGUUCAUGCGCCUUAAGGAAAAAGUAUUUCUGUUCAUCUAGAUGUGGCGUUUAUUAGUAGGAGAAACAUUUCAUCACUCAUUGAAAUGACUUCUUUGGUCUCAGAGACGACAUUCUUUUUGUUGGCCAGCAGGGGUCAGUGUUUAUCUCACUGCAAACACUGCAUUCAGAUGAACAGGAUCACUUUUCUAGGAUUUUUCUUUACCUGGAUACAUCACAACAAACUCUUCAUAUGAAGAUGCUGAAUAAAAAUGAGAAAACUGCAGUUUCAUGUCUGUUGAGAAGAACAUAAAGGAUACUAGGCGUGGUUAUUUUAUGUGAAUAAAACCUUUACAUGAACCUAAAGUUUAAUACAUAUAGCUGCUGCUACAAAUACAGCUAUGAUUUCUAAAUUAUAGAUGCUGUUUCUACACAGGUCUUCUAUACAGUAUUUACGGUUUGGAGAUGGGCUCUAAAGAUUAAUGUUGCCCAGCUUAGUAUCUGACCAGAAAUGUAAUGUGGUUUCCCCCUUUGUUCCUAAAUUAUGUAAUUAAUUAAUUUUACAUGGACUGGUACUUAUAAAACAUUGUUAUACUCUAA